AGCUUUCCGCGACUUUCCACACCACAUCAUUUGUUCAGUACCUCAGGAUGUUUUUAUAUUUUUUGCUUUUGCUUUUUCUUCUCUACAUAUUUGAGUAGGCUACUUGAGUAGGUAGAAGUAUAAGCACUCAUACUAUGCCAUACAGUAUCCAUCAUUACGGAAUAUGCAAUGCCUGAGUAUUGCAUUCUACUACCUGGUAUUAAUCUGCGAAAGACGUUUAUUAGUUUGGUGCUCAGGUAUUAUGUACUAGGUACAGGUACUACUAGUACCUAUGUAGUAGUAGUAACUACCUACACGCGGCAAUCAGGGUAUGCACCUAUGCAAAGCACCAUCAAACUCAAACUUGGACACCCCUUCAUCCUAUUGUAUCCCCCUUCCUCCCACUUUGCUUUUUACUUUUUCUUUUUCUUUUUCGUUUUCUUUGCCAAUAUCAGCUCAUACGCCUCCAAGGCUUUCUUCAACUGACAC